AUGAUAGAACAGUUGGUAGAAGAUAUAAGUGUUGAAGAUGUUUUGACAUCACUGUUAGGUUUACCAGCCAGUAAUUCUCGGCCAGGUAUGAACCUAGGAUAUAGUUAGUACAACUGCUGAAAUUUCACUGCCGCACAUGCAAUUGCCCCCGCACGACGUCAUCCUUCCACAAAUCGACAUUCCCCCAACCGGCACGACGACGACCCUAACAACUUUUAGUGCCCAAAACACGCAACAAUUGCAUGUCGAGCAACCCGAACGACGUCACAGCGAAGGCGACACCCAUCAGCGACGCAAAACGAGCGAUCCCACAAUCACCGUGACAGGCCACACGCGAAAACUGAGCUUGGAUUCGUACGAAACUAAAAAUUCGGAGGUUGUGCGUUGCCGUUAUCCGCGAUGCGAUUCACAAACGACGCCCGCCGAAGCGAAAAAAACGUACAAAAGUUGCCACAAUUGCUCGCAUUUGUAUUGUUCGCGCGAAUGUCGUCGUUCGCAUUGGGAAAAACAUCGCAAGGCCUGUUUGCAUUCGCGAGUUUCGGCGUUGUGUCGUCAAGUGCUGUCCGCUUGCAAAGAUGACGGCGACACUUUGCGACAUUUGAGCUUGCUGGCGAGACGGGGAUUUUUGUCGCAAGGCCGUGGCGUGAUACGAAUUUUAUUUAGAAGCCCCGAAAACGCGGAUAUGUUCAUCAAACAGGGAUUCCAGUGUUUGGGCGAGGUAAUGUACGUUCGAUGGCCCGAUUUGAUGCCCGCUGAAAUGGGUCCCGAGCUAUAUUCCGAACUUUUGCGUCUCAGCACGGAAUACAAACCCGAAUCCAAGAUGUUACUGUAUGUCGCCAUCUGUGUGGUAUCUGAAGCUCCUGCUGCCAGCACGGGUCAAGUCAAAUGGGAACGUCAACUGGUAUCGCGAUGUGCCAAAUUGAAGCUCUGCAAAUCGAUUAUUAACGAUAUGGCGCACCAACAACCAAUUUUCACGCAACAACUCGCCCAAGCAGCUGCUUCUGCGACAAUUUCCGGCACAAAUUCGCAAGUUUCAGCGCCCGACAGCGACGUUUUAAUCCUAAAAUUCCUCAUAAGCGGAAAAAGAAACACGCAACGAUACCGCGAACUUACUUUCCAAAACAUCCAAGCUGUCCUUCGUCCAAAAGGAGUGUCUUUGAGGAAACAUUUCCCCGAAAUUCAUCAAAGACUCGCUUCGUACGUUGAAGGCACCACAGAUCGAUUUGUUCCCGUUACGAUUCAUCCGAGAGAUGCGACAACAGGAAGAGGCUUCGUUUGUAUCAUCAUGCCCGUGACGAACGAAAAUGAGGUUAAAAUCCCGAUGAGCAGCGAUUCUGGGUCGAAAGUCACGAUUAUGGAUGUCGGCGUUGAUGAGACCUUCGAUACGGGCGAUGCGAGUGAAUAGCCUUUGGAAAUGGGUGCUACGCGAUUUUAGGCAUGAAAAUGUGGCACGAGACUGAAAUCUUCUUGAAAAAUUUUAAUUUUUUCGUUUUGAGACCAAAAUUAGUUACAAAGGUUAGUGAUUUAGUUUCGACUCUAUCAUUCUCCUGAACAACACCGAAGACUUCUGAAAAAAAAAUCACGCUUGAAAUUAAAAAAAAAAUAACUGGGACUAACUUCUACUACUUACCUACUCAUCAUAUUUAUACUGAAAAAAAAAUAUUG